AUGCGUAGAGGAAGAAUGCUUCUUACCUUGAUCGGUAAGAGCAGUAUCUAUUCCAGUAGCAAUGUCUGGUGGAAGCUUUUAACCAAAUCACUCUUUGAUUUGGUGGCCGAGGGACUGGUGCAUGAAGCUUCCGUGGAUUCAUUAAAUAUGCCUUACUAUUACCCUUGUGAAGAAGAACUGAGGGAAACCAUCGAAGAUGAAGGGUCUUUUACUCCUGACUUGAUUGAAAAUUUUGAAUUGAAUUGGGAUUUUGAUGAUAAUGUUGGUAAUGAAAAUUUUGUAUUUGAAAAGAGUAAAAGUGGGCAAAAGGUUGCAAAUUACGUUAGAGCACUUACUGAACCCAUGCUUGGGAUCAUUUUGAAGAGACCAUUAUUGAUGAUCUAUUCUCAAGAUUUGCCCAACACGUAG